AUGGCUCCUUGGCCUGAGGUAGAAAAUGCGCAGCCUAACCCAGGUAGAUACAUCGAAGGGAUCACAAGCCAACAUCCCACCACGGAUGGGAAAGGCAAGGAGUCUGACAAAAAUGACACCGGGACCUCCAUAACCAAGAUUGAACUCCUGCCAUCCCACUCCACCGUGGCACUGAUAGAGGAGCCCACAGACUUGGAAGACCCCUGGGACUUGCCCGAGCUUAAGCACAAGGGGAUCAAGUGGUCAGAGAGAGACACAGAAGGGAAGAUUCUAUGCAUCUUCCAAGGGAUCGGGAAGUUCAUUCUGCUCCUGGGAUUCCUCUACCUGUUCGUGUGCUCCUUGGAUGUUCUCAGCAGUGCCUUUCAGCUGGUUGGAGGAAAAAUGGCUGGGAAGUUCUUCAGCAACAACUCUAUUAUGUCCAACCCCCUGGCGGGGCUGGUGAUCGGGGUGCUGGUGACAGCCAUUGUGCAGAGCUCAAGCACUUCCACGUCCAUCAUUGUCAGCAUGGUGGCCUCCUCGUUGCUGACGGUGCGGGCUGCCAUCCCCAUUGUCAUGGGAGCCAACAUUGGGACCUCGAUCACCAGCACCUUCGUGGCGCUCAUGCAGGCAGGAGAUCGGAAUAUAUUCAGAAGGGCUUUUGCGGGGGCCACUGUCCACGACUUCUUCAACUGGCUCUCUGUGCUGGUGCUCCUGCCCCUGGAGGCCACCACCCAUUACCUGGAGGUCCUGACCAACUUGGUGGUGGAGUCCUUCCAUUUAAAAAAUGAAGGCUCCCCAGCACUUCUGAAAGUUAUCACGGAUCCCCUAACAAAGCAAAUCAUACAGCUGGAUAGCAAGAUUAUCAGCCAAAUUGCAGUGAAUGAUGCAACAGCUCACAACAAGAGUCUGGUCAAGAUUUGGUGCAAAACUUUUACCAAUGUGACUCAGAUGAAUUUCACCAUCCCCUCGAUUGAGAACUGCACCUCCCCCGCCCUCUGUUGGACAGAUGGUCUCCAUACCUGGACCAUCAAGAACGUGACCCACCAGGAGAAUAUUGCCAAGUGCCAGCACAUCUUUGUGAAUUCCAACCUCCCGGACCUUUUUGUUGGCAUCAUCCUGCUGGUAACUUCCCUGCUGGUGCUCUGUGGCUGUCUGAUCAUGAUCGUCAAGCUCCUGGCCUCUGUGCUCCAGGGGCAAGUAGCUGCUGUCAUCAAGAAGACCAUUAACACUGAUUUCCCUUUUCCCUUUGCCUGGCUGACUGGCUACCUGGCAAUCAUCGUGGGGGCAGGCAUGACCUUCAUCGUGCAGAGCAGCUCCGUGUUCACGUCUACUUUGACCCCACUGAUUGGUGUUGGCGUGGUAAGCAUUGAGAGGGCGUAUCCACUCACGCUGGGGGCCAACAUUGGCACCACCACCACCGCCAUCAUGGCCGCCUUAGCCAGUCCGGGCAGUACCCUGAGGAGCUCACUCCAGAUUGCCCUGUGCCACUUUUUCUUCAACAUCACAGGCAUCUUUCUGUGGUACCCAAUCCCAUUUGCCCGCCUGCCCAUCCGCCUGGCCAAGGGGCUGGGCAACAUCGCAGCUAAGUACCGCUGGUUUGCCAUCUUCUACCUGGUCGCCGUCUUCUUCAUGGUCCCCUUGACAGUGUUUGGCCUCUCGCUGGCUGGGUGGCCGGUGCUGGUGGGCGUGGGGGUGCCCAUCGUUCUCGUGAUCCUCCUGGUGGUGGUGCUCAAGCUCCUCCAGUCCCUCUGCCCACGCAUCCUGCCCAAGGCGUUCCAGACCUGGAACUUCCUGCCCUUGUGCAUGCGCUCGCUGAAGCCCUGGGACAUCGCCAUCUCCCUGGCCACCGGCUGCUGCAUGACAAAGUGCUGCUGCUGCUGCCGCGUCUGCUGCCGCAUCUGCUGCAUGCUCUGCUGCCCCAGGUGCUGCCGCUGCAGCAAGUGCUGCCGGGAGACGGAGGAGGAGCAGGAGGACGUCCGCAUCAAGGCCCCCGAGGCCUUCCAUAGCAUCGCCGCGGUCGGAGAGACCCCCGACGGGUCCCCCAAGUCCCAAGGGGACGCCCUGAACACAGACGCCAUCUCCAGAAGCACAGCCUUGUAG